AUGGAGCGCCCGUCGCCGCCGGGGCUGGCUCGCCUCUCCCGGCCGCUCCCCGGUGCGCGCCAGCCGGCGGCCGCCCGCGGAGCCACCUACCCGCCCCGCAGCGCCGGCCGGCCCGGCCCCAUCGGCGGCGAGAGAGGGCUGUUCCGCCCGCCCCCUCCCCUUCCUCCUCCCCCGCAGCCCGCGGUAUUGUCUCACGCCGAGGCCGGAGCCCGGCGGCGGGGGGGCGGCACCAACUUGUGGCAACUUGGCGGCGGGGCAAAUGCCGCCGAGCAACGCGGGGUGCUGGGAGGAGCGCGGCGGGGAGAGGCGCCCCCGCCUCCCCUUCGCCUCGGAAAGAGGACGGAAGCCGCGUUUCACCGGCGGGGCAGCUGCUCGCCCCUCCCAGAGAGCGGCAGCCCCGCAGCGCGAUCCCCCGGCCGAGGAGGAGGAGGGGAGAGAGGGGAGCAGCCCCGGGCCGGCCGCCAGACAAAGGCAGCGGCGAGAACGUCCGUGAGCCCAGAGUCACCCUGGGGCCGGGGCCGUACCCGGGUCACCCCACCACAGCAGGGGCGGCCGCGCCUCCCCUCCGCCCCCGUUCCCAAACAAAAGCGGCGAGCAGGUGGAGGGUGGGGUGAAAGGGCGGCCGGCGGCUGCGGCCGCCCCCCGGGCAGGAACGCCCCGCCUCCGCCGUGCCAGGCGGCGGGGGGCCGGGGCUGGGAGCGCAGAGGGGGCCGGCUCUUGCCGGCUCUUCCCGUCUCGCCGCGGGGUUCGGGGAGGGGAAGCCGGGCAAUGCGGGGGGCAGGUCAGGGGCAGCCGCAGCGGGACCGAAGGAAGGAGGAGCUUUCCGCCGGCCCCUCCCGGCCCGCCGCUGCCUCCACCACCUGUGGGGCGGGAGGGGCCGCGGGCUCCAGGCCGCGCUCUCCCGGCCGGCCCCUCUAG